GCCCUCGUAUUGUUUUUAAUCAUUUUUGUACAUAACUGAAGAUGAAACUCUCGAAAACUGAUCUCGAUUCGACGAUAAUGAGCGGUCGGAUGGGGGUGGAAGUUACUAUUUAAUCAGCCGAGAAGACGACCAGACCGCAAGUACCCAACAUCGCGUUGGCAAUUACGUAGUUGAAUUGAUGGAUUUUUAUUUCUCCAUCAUGAGAUCGAUCCUCUGUCUCACCCUUCUGGGGUUUCAUGUCGCCCUGGCGAUACCAGAACGUAAUUCAGAGGCAAUUAAAGCGAGAAGACUUGAAGAAGAACAGAUAGAUCAGCAGAUGCAUCCGGACCUUCGGCUGAAAACGAAAAACUACAGGUCAAAACCCAAUCUCGAGGCAGACACAAGUUAUUGGCUGGACGAGGCAAAUAAAUCCCUUCAACGCCAGAUCAACAAAAAAUUAAACCUCAAUGAGGCCAAGAAUGUGAUAAUAUUCCUCGGUGACGGCAUGUCAAUCCCAACCCUGAUGGCCGCUAGAACCUAUCAAGGGCAGUUGAUGGGAAAACCUGGAGAGGAGGGAGAACUCUAUUGGGAAACUUUCCCGUUUACCGGUUUAGCAAAGACCUGGUGUUUGGAUCAACAAAUCGCGGACUCUGCGUGCACCAGUACUGCCUACAUGUCAGGUGUCAAAUCGAAUCAUGGUACCCUAGGAGUAAAUGGUCACGUGAUUCGAGGGGACUGCAAAAGUCAGCAGAACAGGACAAAUCAUGUCAGUUCAAUUCUCCAAUGGGCCACAAAAUUUGGAAAAUCCGCUGGAAUCGUCACAACAACUCGUGUCACACACGCGUCACCAGGCGGUGGUUAUGCUCACGUGGCUGAUCGAGAUUGGGAGAGUGAUACAGAUGUCAUCAAAGGAAAGGCAAAUCCUAGGGAGUGCAUGGACAUCGCAGCUCAGCUCAUAACUCAGGAGCCCGGGAAGAACUUCCAGGUGAUAAUGGGCGGUGGCAGGCGGGCUUUCUUGGGAAAGAAGAGUGUCGAUGAAGAGGGAACUAGGGGAGCAAGGACUGACGGAAGAAAUCUCAUCGAUGAAUGGAAAAGGGAUAAGAACUGGCGCGGAAAGACGCACUUAUACUCCUGGAACAGGACCAGUGUUUUGGACAUAAUUUCACAUCCUGAGAGGUAUGAGUAUGUCCUAGGGCUUUAUCAGGACACCCAUUGCCCUUUUCACUUUGAAUCAUCUCCGGAGGCCGAUCCAACGCUUGCGGAAAUGACAGAAGCUGCUGUUAAGGUCCUAAGAAGGAAUUCGAAGGGAUUCGUCCUUUUUGUUGAAGGUGGCCGAAUCGAUCAUGCUCAUCAUGCAGCAUGGGCCAAGGUGGCCCUAGAUGAGACUCUGGAGCUUGUGAAGGCCGUCAAAAAGGGACGUGAACUAACGUCGAGUGACGACACACUUAUCAUCGUUACUGCUGAUCAUGCACACACUAUGAGUAUUGCCGGAUAUUCUCAGAGGGGUAAUCCAAUUGCGGGCAAAAGCACACACCUUGGGUCUGAUAAAUUGGGAUACCUGACCCUUAGUUAUGCUAAUGGACCUGGUUACAAGACCACCAUCGCCGGGGUUCGACACAAUAUCGAUAACGAUAAUAUUGCGGACAUGAAAUACAUUUAUCCUGGAACAGUUCCUCUUGAAUUAGAGACUCACGGUGGCGAUGAUGUCGCGAUAUUCGCGAGUGGACCUUGGUCUCAUCUUUUUACUGGUACCAUUGAACAAAGUAGUAUUCCCCAUUUCCUGGCAUACGCUUCGUGCAUCCGCCAGGGAUCAGCAUGCGACGCCCUCCGUCAAGCCGCAGUGUAAAAUUCUGUCACUAAUGAACAUUGUCCAACAGUUGUGAAUAAUAUAAAUCUGCUGUAAUGAAAAGUGGAAUGAAGACUGAAUGAUGAUUUUUAGUAAUGAUCUGCCAAGAUAUUAUGUAUUCAGAAAAGUAUCAUCAACUGUUCUGCAAAGAGACGAAGAAAUAGAUGUAUCAUUUUAGUAAUUGUAGAUAACCAUAAAAUUCCUCAGUAACACGUCAAUGAAUUGAGCACUGUAUCGCUGAAUAAUAUUAUGGACCUUCCACUUUAUCGAUUU